GCUGUGCAUUCCCGGCUUUAGCAAGGAUAUGGGGUUGGCGUUUCCUCUAUCUAUCACUUCCAUCAGGGGGAAGUUGCUCCUCAUGAUAGUUUCCAUGAUACAAAAUAUAAUAUGACCACCAUCCCCCACUAUCUUUUUUCCUGCUUUGAUGUCUUACGUCGAUUUAUAUUGCCUUCCCUCGUUGACCCCUGAGUGUCGGGUCUAAAUUCCAUCACUAUGCCCGAGAAGAAGGUUGCUUUCCGGCAUGUGGAGGACAGCAGCACCACCGUUGAGGAGGCUGGCACUCACAUUGAAAUUGACCGUUUCUUACCAAACGCCGUGAACCUUGACAUCACCGCCGAAUCCAAGCUAAGAUUAAAGAUAGACCUUUAUAUCAUCCCAAUUGCGUCCCUGAUGUACCUCUUCUGUUUUAUUGAUCGGGCAAAUAUCGGAAAUGCGAAACUGGCUGGGCUGGAACACGAUCUAGAGCUGACAGGCUAUGACUAUAAUACACUGCUUACUGUGUUCUACAUCUCCUACAUUCUCUUCGAGAUCCCUUCCAACAUCACCUGCAAAUGGCUUGGCCCAGGUUGGGUCCUUCCUACCUUAACUUUGGGGUUUGGGAUAUGUUCUCUUUGCACAGCGUUUGUCCAGACGUUCUCUUCUGCUGCGGGAGUCCGCUUUCUAUUAGGUGCCUUCGAGGCAGGACUGUUACCCGGUAUCUCAUACUAUCUAUCCAGGUGGUAUCGACGACGUGAGCUCGCCUUUCGGAUUUCUAUGUAUAUGGUGAUGGCCCCUCUCGCUGGUGCGUUCGGUGGGCUACUUGCUUCUGGCAUCUUAAAGCUCCAUUCCUUUGGAGGACUAAAGACUUGGCGCAUGAUAUUUGCCAUCGAGGGUAUUAUAACUAUUGGAGUUGCUAUUGUAGCAUUCCUGACACUCACAGACCGACCCGAGACAGCCCGCUGGUUGACACAGGAAGAAAAGGAUCUGGCCAUUGCGCGAAUUCGCGCCGAGUCGGAGCAUACUGGCGUGACUGAAGUCCUAGACCAGCUCGAUACAAAGAAAAUUACGCUUGGGAUUUUCAACCCAGUCACUCUGGCAACGUCAUGGCUCAUGCUUCUUGUCAAUGUGACGGUCCAAGGCCUGGCUUUCUUUGCACCCACCAUUGUCAGAACAAUAUAUCCCGAACGCACUGUUAUCUCCCAGCAGCUCUAUACAGUGCCGCCCUACAUCGUAGGCGCCUUUUCCACGCUUCUUAUUCCCUACCUAAGCUCGCGUUUUAAUCAUCGACUCCUGUUCUUUGUCUUUGUUCCUCCACUGAUGAUGGCUGGGUACGCAUUGUUUCUGGCAAGUACUAACCCUCGUGUUCUCUACGGGGCCACGUUCUUGAUCGCAUUCGGGUCCUUUCCCAUUGGUGUCCUCUGCAACGCGCAUGCGGCAGCAAACGUGAUUUCCGACACAGCACGGGCAUCCGCGAUUGGGGCUGUGGUGAUGAUGGGGAAUGUUGGCGGUUUAAUUGCUACCUGGUCCUUCCUGCCAUUUGACGCACCCAAUUAUUACAUCGGUAAUGGACUUAAUCUGGCCACUGGGGCGACAUCCCUCCUCACCGGAUCCUGUCUUUGGCUUUGGACCAUAUGGGAUAACAAGAACCGGGACAGAAAGGACGUCAGUCGGGCGCUUGAUGGAAUGAGCGGCCGGCAGAUAGAGGAUCUCGAAUGGCGACAUCCUGAGUUUCGUUGGAGAUCAUAA